AUGGAAAGUUCCUCAGUCGAUAUUUCCAAUGAACUGAUAGAAAAAAACAAAAACAAUACCAAAGAAGGAAUAAAGAUUGUUUUUUUAGUUUUGGGGUUAACAAACAAUCUUUAUUUCUCGACAAUGACAAAACAACUCAGAAAAGAACAACCACCUUUCAUUGCCAUUUAUAAGAUGAUUUUCAACAAUUUCCCAACAGAUCAAUUUUAUCUCCAUCAACAAAAUCAACAACAACACUUGUUUUCAAACUUUGAAAAUCUUCAACAACAACAGCCAUUUAACUAUAUACAAGAAAAAAAUGGUUUUGUUAAUUUUCAAAAUUACUACCAAAAUAAUUCCGUUGAUCUAGAUUCAAGUUCUCAAACUAGUAGUUAUGUGUCUACACCUGAGUUAUCCACCAUUUCUGGUGAUGUCUCACCAGUACCUGACAACCUUCAGAGCUUUAUGGAUGAAGAUGAUCAAGAUGAUCUAAAAUAUGAAGACAAUGAUGUAUCUAAAUACUGCCCAUCGCUCGUAAAAGAAAUCAAAGAGCUCCAAGAAUCACUAUAUUUUGCUCAGCUCUAUGGUUUCAUAUCAGAGGUAAUCAAGCAAAUCCAACCGAUUCCAACCAAACGAUAUCUUCCAAAGGGUGGCCAUCUAUCUUACGAUCUAGACCCAUAUAUCAACGCUGAGCAGAUCAAUCGAUCGAAUCCCUUGGUGUCAAAGAACUUGCUGCGAAUUACACCACUCUACACCCAGGAGAUUACCAACCUCAAUAACCAGUUAAAGACAUCGCUCGAACAGUUCUCAAUGAUCGAGUCACUCGUCAUGUUACUACGUCCGCUAUCAGUCGGUGAGCACGAUGCCAAGGUAACCGAGUUGGAGCGAAUCUUCAUGGAUGAAAAGGUAUUGCUCGGUACCAUCUGUAAUCUCUCCAAGACUCAAGUCGAGAAUUGGUUCGGUAACAAACGUGUCCGAGUAAGAAAGAGUAAUUUACAAAGUCCAAAGAAAAUCAUGUCCGAAGGUUCCGAUAUUGAACAAAUGAUCGCCGCAGGUGAAGAUCUCUCUGGUGUCACCUCAACCCAAGUCUUGAAGAGAGUCAAUGCUUUGUUAAAGUUGGAUGACGACCACACUGAAAUCUCAAAGAAGUUGGAGCAACGUAUCCGUCUUCUUGAGUUGGAAUUCCAACCACAAUUCGAUGCCAUCUACCAAAAGAGAACCGGUAUCGUCACUGGUGAGGUUGAGGCUACCGAGACCCCAAAGGAACCACUCGAGAUUGCAGGUUUGAAGUCUGGUGAGGAGAAGGGUAUUCCAAACUUCUGGUACAAGGCUUUGAUGAACCAUCCAGCCUUCGCCGACGUUAUGGGUGAGGAAGACGAUGAAGCCUUACAAUAUUUGACCAACAUCUCGAUCGGUGAGGAUGCCACCACCGACAAUGAGAACCAAGUUCUCACAGCCACCUUCCACUUUGCACCAAACGCAUUUUUCACCAACUCCACCAUCGUCAUGACCCUCACCGUCAAGGAUGGAGAUUUAGAUUCAAUUAAAGUUACACCAGUCCAAUGGAACGAAGGUAAGAAGUUCUUUGUUAGAACCGUCGAGAAGAAGAUCAAGAAGAAGGGUCCAAAGGGUAAGAAACCAACCGUCACCACCAAGAUGGUCACUGAAACCAUUCCAUCGAUUUUCGGAAGAUUCUUGGUCGAAUUUGACAAGAAUCAAAUUGAAGAGGAACCAGAGAACGAAGAGGAUAUUCCAGCAGCUCAACUCAUCUACAUUCAAUAUCAAGCUCUUAUUUCUUUGAAGGACGAGAUCGUACCAGAUGCCGUCAACUAUUUCUUGGGUCGUGCUCAACCAGAGGGUGACGACGGUUACGGAGAUGAAUUUGGUGAGGAGUUUGAUGACGAAGAAGAUGAAGACGAAGAUGACGAUGUACCACAAUUGAAGAGCAAAUCCGGAGGUGUUCCACCACAACCAAACAACCCAGAAUGCAAACAACAAUAA